UUUAAUUGCAAAGGAUUCUACAGAGCCAUUGACUGAAGAAAAUACAGUUAACCAGGCUACCAAACAGCGCAAACGUCGUCGACACCGAUUAUUCCCAGAAGAGGAUUGGCUGCACUCAGAAACUGUGGCUGGAACAAACGACAACCUCAUUGCUGGCACAGCGGGGGAACCGAACCCAUCGUGGCAACUGCCAGAGGAUGGAGGAAAUUUAAAAUCCUCAGACGGACGAAUAGUUGGCUUGGAUCUACUUAUUUUUCCUAUCUUGCCACCCCCGUUAUUCGCAGCUCCUAGCUUGUGUGGCAGUGGGCGCUCAUUGUGGAUUCAAAGUCCAUGCCAGCUCUCCCAGACCGGUGCCUCAUCAGCCAAUGGGCUAUUGAAAUCAAACUUCAUCUGCGCUGCACCUGGUGAGGGCCCGAUUCUUGUACAAAUUGUCUCAUCACGCGAUCUGCCGGAUGCAAACCCUGUUACCCAGCUGCCACCAAAUCUAGAUGCUAUCCAGCCAGGUGGCGUUGUCACCGCGACCCGAUCCGAUCGUCGAAUCUGGGAGGUGCAUUCUCCCGACCCUCUGACGGCACAAGCACAUACGGAGUUAGUUGAUCUGAGAUAA